CCAAUCUACUUUGUUGUACAGAGUUCAUGUGCGAUUAGAAUCCAUGCUUUACGCGAACCCAUUUCCCACCACCUCUCUAUAAAGCGAAAACCAUCGAUCUCAUGUGUAUAAAUCCCCAUGAGUAUCUGCUUGUCACUGUGCAGCUAAUCACUUCGUCGGAUCCAUGAAGGCCUCUCAUCUCCUAUCUUUCGUGCUUACUCUCUUGCUUCAACUUUGUUGUUGUUGGUGUUCAGCUGAUCAAAGAACUCUGGGUGGAAAUGACGAGGCCUGGCGACUACCUCAGCUCCUAAAAGCUCAACCACUUCAGGGCUUAAAUGUGACUGUGAAGGAAAGAGGGGAGAAUAAAGAGCACUUGGACGAGGGCACGAGCAUAAGCCACUCGGGGAAGGGAAGUGGUGCAGGGAAAGGAGGUGGGAAGGGCGCCGGCGGUGGCUCACAGACGCUCCGCCAACCAAGGGACCAGCGAAACAGCUCGGCGUCCAGCUGGCGGUGGCCGCGGUCCUCUCUCACUUUACUCGUCGGUGGGUUGCUCCUCCUCUUCCUGCACUCCUGCGGUUGAAGUCGAACAAGACGAUGAUGACGAUGAUGCUGAUGAGAGUGCUUGUUGUCAUGCAGGCUAUGUAAUGUCAUUCAACAGUUCUUGUCGAAAUAAAUCCUAUGAUUAAAGGCAUAGCCUGGAUCAUAGUGGAUGGAUUCAUCAGCAUGAAGGAUAUAUAAGGAUCACUUUCAUAUGAUUGAAGAU